UUGUGGCCAACAGCGAGCGAGCAGGUGGAAAGACGAUAAAGUUCGCCUCUGUUUUUCGACGUGACGAAUAGGGGGGCAUGCCUUCGUACGAUGAAACGCUGCGCAGACACAGCUACAAGCUGUGCACCUCCAUGUCGCUGGGCCUCGUCGAGAGCAUCGCCAGCUACCUCUACAGCGCCCAGGCCGUCACCGCGUUCGAGUGCGCCACCAUCAGGUCGAAGCCCACAGAGCUGGAGCAGGCCUCCCAGCUCCUCUCCACCGUCGUGCGCAAAGGCCGGAGGGCCUGCUCGCUCUUCUACGAGGCCCUGGAGAAGUGCGACCCCUUCCUCUCGGCAAGGAUCACGGGAUCUCCAGCCAGAGUCCCCAUUUCAGGAAUCCACAGAUCUGAAUCUGCUGGAAGGCCUGUGAGGUACAAUGGAAUCCAGAGUCUCCCCUUUUCAAGUGGACAGAGCCCUCCUGCCUCUACAUCCAUCUGCAUUUCCCACUGCACUUUGAGUGGAUGCAUAUUUGGGAAUGACAACACGAUGAGCACUGUGAGAGCUGGGAGCUACUGGGACCAUCUGUACCAGAGCUGUUGUACAGAAAAACAAGAGGAGCACCCGAAGAGCUGCUGCACUAGUUGCCACAAGGGGGCAGAACGGACAGCACGAGGCCCUUCAGCUGCUCCUGCAGCCCAGAGCUUACAGAUGGUGGGAUCAGAUAUAGAGUACGCCAUCAUAGGGGACUGCAAUGUGCUGAAGGUGGAGGAGACAGAAGAAGACAGCAAAGAACAGCAACUCCCAGGACAUAACACCAGCACAGGCCCGGAUAUUGUCCACAAUUGACACUCUAAAUAACUAAGGAACUCACCUCGAAUAAAAUGUACACCAAUGAUUUACUGAUCCUGCACAUUUCCAGAUGCCGAAGGUGCUGUUUUGUGUUUGGAGCUGUACUCGGCUGGAAUCCUCAGGAAGGAUGAAAGACCGACUGUAUCUGGGACUAAUUCUCUUUCCCUGCUGAGAGAGAAGACAGACAGAAAGGUGCCAUUGCCCUGAGCUCAGGAGCAACGCAGUGUGUACUGGGCAGAUCAGACAAGGUGGAGGAGAGACGUAGCACAUAUAACUGCCUUCACACAUUAACAGGAAGUACGUACAAAAUAUAUAUAUAUGCAUUAUUUAUAUAUGAUAUUUUUUAACUUAAUAUAUUUGUAUUCAAUCUGAACAGGUAAACUGUGAAGCAUUUUCUCUUGGGUGUCUUGUCAGGCUGGCAGGCAUUUUUGUUCUAUUAAAUUAUUUGAAAAGUCAAAA